AUGCAAAGCUCGUAUGGAAGACCGCCAACACAUGGCAUUCAAUCGCCCCAGCCUCAGUACGCGGCUCAGUACGGCGGGUACAAUCCGACGCCUGUUUCCGCUAAUGCCAUGGGCUCAAUGGGCACGAUGGGUGGUGGAGCCGGGGCAACCAGCGCAGGCGAUUUCGGGUAUGGCGACAUGAACAGCGGCGAGCGGCUGUCUACAGGCAUUCUGGCGGCAUUUAGCACGUCCGGGUAUCCUGGAGAGCCUCCGCUUCUCGAAGAACUCGGCGUUAACUUUGGACACAUUCUACAAAAGACAAAAUCAGCAUUGAACCCGUUUAGCGCGAUCGAUCAAAACAUCAUGGACGACUCAGAUCUGGCAGGGCCUUUUCUUUUCUUCCUCCUGUUCGGCCUGUUUCUUCUACUGAAUGGUAAAGUGCAUUUUGGUUAUAUUUAUGGCGUCAGCCUGGUGGGCACAUUUUGGCAGUGGCUGAUUCUCAAUCUGAUGGCCCUCAAAAGUAUCGACUUUACUCGCACAAUGUCCGUACUCGGCUACUGUAUGCUGCCGCUGGUCGUCAUCUCUGCACUCGGCGUGGUGUUCCCUCUCGACAACCUGGUUGGAUACAUUAUGGGUAUGGCCGCUAUCUGCUGGUGUACCUACUCUGCCUCUGGGUUUUUUGUUAGCUACUUGCAGCUUUCGCAAAUGAGAGUCCUUGUGGCGUAUCCAGUGGGCUUAUUCUACGGUAUCUUCAGUCUCAUGACCCUGUUUGCUGAAAAAACCGUCGCAAAGACCUAA